AUUUUUGUUAAAAUUACUUCAUAGUAUGUGUUUUGACCCUUAUGUUCCCCAUCAGGCUAUCUCAUGGUCAAUCAAAGUCCCCAAUUAGGCAGGCUGCCAUGUCCUUGGACGGAAGCACCAUUCUCAGCUGCUGCGAGGAUGGGACAAUAUGGCGCUGGGAUGCUGUAGCAAUGGAUUACUCCAAGUAGGUCUAAUCAGAGUAAUAUUUCAGGAUUUUUUGCUGUCCAAUUUACUUUUGGUUAAUACCAAGAACCUAAGGUUAAAUCUUGUAUUUGGUUGAUGUAGAAGUCAAAGUUGCAUUCAAACUUUGAUCCAGGAAUAGAUGAUUCUCAUGUGC